UCUUUGGCGCCAUCUUGAAUGCGUUUACUUUGUUUUCAUCAACGAGGCAACAAACACAAAGAUAUUCUUCUAGCUGAAUUUCCUCAUCCGGAAUCGCUUUUUGUCUUUAUUUUUUUUUUGAAUGUUUGCUUCUUAUGACACAGAAACUAAACUAAGUUGAGGCUGCGAUCAUUGAAACAAGCCCCUUCAGCAGUCGGAACGGUAAAGAAAGCGAAGAGCGGUGCGUCGAGCUUUGUCACUGCCGGUACCGUGUACCCCGGAUGCGGUUUCUCUCUGCUAGGGAGCGUGGUUCUUCUGUUGCUCUUCCCGUAGAUUUAAACCUGCGGAGCUCGCCGCGGGAAAAACGAUAUUUAAAUAUUACAUACGCGGGCUCUAGGCGUAAAGUUGUAUAGCGAAGGACACUACCCGUCUCUGAAUCAUGUCGGUAACCCUGCCCAACCGUUCCCAGACAGGCUGGCCCCGCCGCGGGCUGAACCAGUUCGAUAACAAAUACAUGCAGCAGAACAAACCGCUCACGCUGGAGAGGACCAUCAACCUGUACCCACUGACCAAUUACACUUUCGGCACGAAGGAGCCUCUGUAUGAGAAAGACAGCUCGGUUGCAGCGCGGUUCCAGCGCAUGAGGGAGGAGUUUGACAAGACUGGAAUGAGGCGGACUGUGGAGGGGGUCCUGAUCGUCCACGAGCACAGACUGCCUCACGUUUUGUUGUUGCAGCUGGGGACUACAUUUUUCAAACUACCUGGAGGAGAACUCAACCCCGGGGAAGAUGAAGUGGAAGGACUGAAGCGUCUUAUGACGGAGUUUUUUAACCCACAGAUUCUUGGGCGUCAGGAUGGUGUGCAGCAGGAUUGGGUAAUUGAUGACUGCAUUGGAAAUUGGUGGAGACCAAACUUUGAACCCCCGCAGUACCCAUAUAUUCCUGCUCACAUCACUAAACCUAAGGAACACAAGAAACUUUUCCUGGUGCAGUUGCAGGAAAAGGCUCUGUUCGCUGUGCCGAAAAACUACAAACUUGUAGCGGCUCCCUUGUUUGAGUUGUAUGAUAACGCCCCAGGCUAUGGACCCAUCAUCUCCAGUCUGCCACAGCUACUUAGCAGGUUCAAUUUUAUUUACAACUGAUUGCCACUAAGUUUUCCAGCACACUUGACUGAUUAACAGAUUGAUUGGGGAAACUGUCUCUGUGAGCACAGCUUCAGAAAGUGCAAGAAGAUAUGGAUAAAAGUUCCUUGGAAUACAAUAACUUUUUUUUUUGUGUUGUUAAUUUUGUUACAGCAGUGUAAAGUGUCUCCUUGUUUUAAGAAAUUGGUUGAAGUUGAUUAAUAAUAAAAAAAAAAAGGUGA